ACAAUAAUGGUUGGACGGCGUUCGGGCGAGCAGUUUUUGAAGGACAGCUGGAGGUCGUCAAGUUGCUGUUGGCAAGGGAUGAAAUGUAUGUGAAUUCAAAGAACGAUUACGGUUUCACGCCGCUCUCGUCAGCAGUUAAUAAGGGACAUGUGGAGAUCGUCAAGCUGGUGUUGGCAAGGGAUGGAGUGGAUGUGAACUCGGAGGAUAAUUGCGGUCGGACGCCACUUUCGUCAGCUGUUUAUAAGGGACACAUGGAGAUCAUCAAACUGCUGUUGGCCAUUGACGACGUGGAUGUCAACUCGCAGGACCAAGAAGGUUGGACACCACUUUCACGUGCAGUGCAUCGAGAGAAGGCCGAAGUUGUUGAAUUACUGCUUGCAAGAAGAGAUGUUCACGUGAACUGGAAAAACAAGCAGGGGGAAACCCUUCUUUUUAUAGCAGACAUCUACUCUCCAGACAUGACAUCGACACGAACUUGCCAAAUGACGACGGAGACUCGCCGCUUCAAUGUGCAUUACGUUUGGGUCAUGAGAGUCAUGAGAGAAUGGCCUCCUUACUUGCUGCACGGGAUAGUGCUGCAAUCGCUCAACCUAGCCCCUCAGAACCCAUCUCUGCGGAACCGCUUCAACAAGCUCCUAUGCAAUCUUUAAUCCCAGGAAAACGGAGUAGAGGAAUAAAAGAUACGGAAAGGGAACCGGAUCAGUUAGGACUUGCCAGUGUGAAACGGAUUCGCACUGACAUGGAUGAUAGUAUGUCCCAGUGACUGGUAUAGUGCCACCUUUUUACUUUAUCUCCAGCAAUAAUCUUCACCCAAUUUAAAAAUGUAGACUUCAUUUUCAAUAUCUGUUUUAUUUAUCGUGGAUGAUCCAUUAUACCACCUUAUAUAGAAUAUGUACAGUCUACGCAGAUCUAUAUAUUCUAUUUGGG